CGCCGCCACCGCCGCAUCCCGGCUCUGGGGCGGCGCUGACAGUCGGGUCCGCCGGGCAGCGGGCGCAGCAGCGGGCGGCGCGGCCGGCUGCUCGGAGGCUGAGCCUCGCCGCGCGCCCCGGCCCGGCGCCCCAGCCCGUCCGCGCGGCGCCCACCUGCCGCCCCGACGGGAGACUUGCGGCCGCUGCCCGGGGCGGACACCCACGGCACCAUGAGCCCCCGUUCGUGCCUGCGGUCGCUGCGACUCCUCGUCUUCGCCGUGUUCUCGGCCGCCGCGAGCAACUGGCUGUACCUGGCCAAGCUGUCAUCGGUGGGCAGCAUCUCCGAAGAGGAAACGUGCGAGAAGCUCAAAGGCCUGAUCCAGAGGCAGGUGCAGAUGUGCAAACGGAACCUUGAGGUGAUGGACUCAGUGCGCCGUGGCGCCCAGCUGGCCAUUGAGGAGUGCCAAUACCAGUUCCGGAACCGGCGCUGGAACUGUUCCACACUGGACUCCCUGCCUGUCUUCGGGAAGGUGGUGACACAAGGUGUGGCCUUUGCAGUGACAAGAGCAUGCAGCAGUGGAGAUCUGGAGAAGUGUGGCUGUGACCGGACAGUACACGGGGUCAGCCCACAGGGUUUCCAGUGGUCAGGAUGCUCGGACAACAUCGCCUAUGGCGUAGCCUUCUCACAGUCCUUUGUAGACGUCCGAGAGAGAAGCAAGGGGGCCUCCUCCAGCCGGGCACUCAUGAACCUUCACAACAACGAGGCUGGCAGGAAGGCCAUCCUGACACACAUGCGGGUGGAGUGCAAGUGCCAUGGGGUGUCAGGCUCCUGUGAGGUAAAGACAUGCUGGCGAGCGGUACCGCCCUUCCGUCAGGUUGGCCACGCACUAAAGGAGAAGUUUGACGGCGCCACGGAGGUGGAGCCACGGCGCGUAGGCUCCUCCCGGGCACUGGUACCGCGAAACGCGCAGUUCAAGCCACAUACGGAUGAGGACCUGGUGUACCUGGAGCCAAGUCCAGACUUCUGUGAGCAGGACAUGCGCAGCGGCGUGCUAGGCACGAGGGGCCGCACUUGCAACAAGACGUCUAAGGCCAUUGACGGCUGCGAGCUACUGUGCUGUGGCCGCGGCUUCCACACAGCGCACGUGGAGCUGGCAGAGCGCUGCGGCUGCAGGUUCCACUGGUGCUGCUUCGUCAAGUGCCGGCAGUGCCAGCGGCUCGUGGAGAUGCACACGUGCCGGUGACCGUGCCCGCCUGUGCCCAGGACCACCUGCGUGGCCCAGGGAAGGCCAAUAACUUAAACAGUCUCCCGCCACCUACCCCAAAAGAUACUGGUUGUAUUUUUUGUUUUGGUUUGGUUUUUGGGUCCUCAAGUUAUUUAUUGCCAAAAAAAAAAAAAAAAAAAAAUAGGCAGGCAACCCCAAGGGCACCAACCAGGGCCUCCCCAAGCCUGAGCCUUUGUGUGUGGCUGCCACUGACCAAAGGGACUCUGUUUAUGCCUCUGGCUGUCCAGUCUGGCCACUGCUGACUACUCAGCUCUUGUUGGCGUCCAUCUUUCUACAUGUAGACUAGAAGGUAGGUACUGAGGAGUGGUCGUAGACGCCCACCAUCCAGGGAAACCGAAGGCCCGGAUGGCAGGGACGACAGGUUCCAUCUGGGUGGAAUUUACAUCGUCUGCAGGAAAGGAGCUUGCACCUCUCCACCCCACAUACAUACAGGGACUGCCAGUAACCCUGGCUCUACAGGUCCCUAGAAAGGGAAUGGACAGAGUAUCAGGUUAAAGGCUGAGGACUCUCGGCCCUCACGUGAGCAGCUAUUCCGGGCAAGUGCCAGUGAGUAAGAGCAAGAAUGCCCACCUGAGGCCAGCCUGCCUCAGUCUCCUCGUUGGGAGGGGAAGCUGCCCCUACUCCUGGACUCUCCUAGGCAGGGUUAGGGUGUCAUCCUGGAUCAGAUCCUAGCUUGGGCCUAGCGAGUCACACGCCCCAGCCCCUGUUGUGAGUCACCCUCACAGUUCUGUCCUCUGUGAAGCUGAGAAUGGAAAUGUCACCGAAACAGGAAAGGGCCGUGCAAAGAGAUCCCAUCCUGUGGUAUCUCCCUCAGUUAACAAGGCCUACUGAGCAAACACUAGGCCCCAGGCCCUGUCCUGGGGUAUCGCCCAUGGUGAGCGCAUCUGUCCUGGGAACAAACACUGAUGUCCACACCCUCUCUACAGCAGGUGGUAAUGCCUGUCAGCCCCACAAGACCUUGGCAGAGGCAGGGGCAGGCUCUUCCUUGGGCCUGAGCAAUGGGCUAGGGGCUCUGGCUAUAAUAAAAGGUACAGGGAGACGAGGCAGCAGAUGCCAGAGACCACAGGCUGGGCUGGAACCCACGGGUCUGCAAAGGGCUAAGAGGCUGAGUGAAGCGAGAGAACAGCUGGAGGCCUGACUGGGUCUCAGAAUCCAGGGCACCUCCAUGCCCAGGACCUCGGGUCCCCAAAGGCCUUGAGUACAGAAAGGACAAAAGAUAUCCCAGGGGCAGCUUCCAUACCUGAUGCCUGGCCCAGGACACCAGCCAACCUGUCAAGAAGCUACAAACUGCUCUGUGAACAGGACACACGCAGAACCAACUGCCUCUCAGUUGGAUGACCAAUCCUCAGAGGAACGUUCCAGCCUGAUCUCCAAGUUGCGCCCAUGUCCAGGACUCCGGGUUCGAUGCUUCAGCUCUGGAAUCCCCUUUGGGAUUCUGAAAUCCCAAGCUCUUUGCUAUUGGGUGGUGCGAACGCAGACUCCAGGAUUGUGAAUGUGGGCACAGGCCUGCACGAACUCUCCUCUGAGCCUGUGGUUUGUGCCUUCUGGCCUUGGCUCCCUCACGAAGAGGGUCAACACCCUUGGCCCCCAUCCAAGCUCUCCACUCACUGUCCAUCUGAAGAGGCAGCCAAAACCAAGUGAGAUUCUGGAACCGCAUUCAAAUGCAGGGAUAAUCUUGGGCAGGCUGGCUCUGAUGUGGACGAAAGCUGAGCCGACCAAGGGUCCCCACAGCUGCCCAGCUGGGCCCACCGCUCCUCCAGUAGACUUAGUUCAGCACCAGGGAAGAUGCGAGCCCCUCCACAGAGCCAGGCCCAGACUAACCAAGCAUGGGGCUACCCCUUCAGAGAAUGCUGAGCCAAGGUCCCCAUCCAGGGGCAGUGGGGUCGAGACUGCUUAUUGUUUUGAUGGACACUGUACCAAGGAGGAGAGUCCCUAGCUCCCCUAAGAUGAUCCUCCCGGAGUUCUGCAGGCUGUGACUAGGUGAAUCAGACCACAGGCUAAGAACCACUGUCGAGGCCAAAGGAAUCCACAGCCACAGGGGGGGAAAAAGGCUUCACUGGACUUGUCCAGCUCUAAACUCUCUCAGAUCUAAAGAACUGCAAAGACAGGACAAUUCACCACAUUUCGGUCACACGGGACCCAGGAACCUGGCCAGAAGGUUCAAGCCCUACCUGAACCACUCUCCACUGUUCUUGUCACAAGGCGAAAGUGGUAUUCCUUUCUUUGAGGCCAGGGCUGGAUAAAGGCAGCCCUGGGUGCUGCUAUUCUACUCUGCCGCCCCGCCCCACCCCACCCCACCCCACCCUCCAGUUUUUAUAUGAGGCUCCUUGGCAUUGUGACAUCCCCAUGGCAUAGUCUGAGAUGCACGAUAAAAUGGUUAUUUCUCUAGCUGGCAA